AUGGCAGAACACUGCAAGAUCUCUGCUGCCCUUGUAGCCGAAUCUGAGGAAAGGUCAUAUGUGCUGAAGGUAGAUGACUACUGGAGAGCCAAGGCGCUACUGAAGACCGGCGACUUUCUGGCUUUUGCCCCUCUCAGUGUUGGAGGUCACAGCUGGGCCGUGAACUAUUACCCAAACGGUAGAGUUAAGGAUUAUGCCGAUUUCGUAUCUUUCUAUCUGCUUCUUUAUUCUGCCGGCACCCAAGAUGUGAAGGCGAAAUUCACGUUCAACAUAAUUGACAAGAAUGGAGAGCCAGUGCCUUUCAGCCAUACCCACCCUGUCGACACCUUCACAAGCCAAGGUUCAUGCUGGGCUUCCAUCAAGAAGGCUGAUCUGGAGGGAUCUGUGUAUUUGAGAGACGAUUGUUUGAUCCUCAGGUGCGAUGUCACCGUCACGAAGGAGAUCCACAGUGAAGUGACGAGGUUUCCUCCGACCGACUUGCACCAGCAUCUCGGCGACCUCCUGAAGAACAAGGAUGCAGCCGAUGUAACCUUCCAAGUUGGUGGACAGAAUUUCUCCGCUCAUAGGUGUGUCCUUGCUGCUCGGUCGUCCGUCUUCAAGGCGGAGCUCCUCGGUGCCAUGAAGGAGAAUUCUACCAGCACUCCUGUCGAAAUCUGUGACAUGGAAGCUGAUGUGUUCAAGUCGUUGCUCCACUUCAUAUACACCGACACAGUCCCACCUGCAAUUGAGACUACUAGCAAUAACGGUGCUGAAGCACGUGAGGGUUUGGUGAUGGCUGGGCAUCUGCUCGUAGCGGCCGACAGGUACAACAUUGGGAGGCUGAAGCUUAUAUGCGAGGAUAAACUGUGCAAUCAUAUUGAUUCCGACAUGGUGGCGACGAGUUUGGCUUUGGCUGAACAGCAUGGUUUCCAUGGUCUCAAAGAGGCUUGUUUGAAGUUCCUGGCUUCUCCUUCCAAUUUAGAGGCCAUGAUGGCUAGUGAUGGUUUUGAGCAUCUGAAAUCCAGUUGCCCGUCCGUUCUUAAGGAGUUGAUAGCCAGAACCCUGCCAGCUGAACUAAAAGCGACCAAGGAUCUUAUCAUGGCUAUUUGGUAG